CAGAGGCUCAAGUGGCUUGGAAAUGGGGUGAUGCAGGUCAUUUUUAGUAGUUUCUCACUACUUUAAGCUUCCCGGACAAAUAGGAGAAAAGGAUAUAUAUUACGCCUAUGCUAAAGCGAUAGGUGGGUCAACAGCUGCUCCGGCUAAAAAUAGCCUCCAACUGGGCGGGUCAAAUUUUACUUCACAGUGAGUUCACAGAGGGAGGACCCAGAGCCAGACGUUGAGACUCCGGAACGGCGCGGGUUGACCCUCGUCGGCCGCCGUCCACUCCGCUUCUGAGGGUCCCGGGGGCUACGGAGGUGUCGUCGCGGACCGUUAGGCUAAGUGUUUGGAGAAAAGGUUUCGUGCCUUGUCUCCAGCGGCAAGUGGGAGAUGGCAGAUGGAUGCUAUGGUCUGGGGUAUAAGAAGAACCUGAGUCUGCUUCUGACUUGGGUUCUGGUCUAUAGGAACAAGACAUUUUCAGUGCUAGAAGGAAGAAGUGCCAGGUUUGGGAGAUCAUCAGUUCCUGACCUGAGAUAUCUGACUACAGCUUCCUGGGAGGCCCAGAGACACAGGAGAAAGCACAUCCCAGAGCUUCCAGUCUUUGCUUCAGAACUUGAGAAAAUGACCAAGGCCCAGGCAUUGUUAUCAUUUGAAGACGUGGCUGUGGGCUUUACCUGGGAGGAGUGGCGGCUGUUGGAUCCGGCUCAGAAGGAUCUGUACCGGGAUGUGAUGUUGGAGAACUACAGCAACCUGCUGUCAGUGGGAUAUCAAUCUUCUAACUCAGAUUCACUCUUCUGGCUGGAGCAAGGAGGACCACGGUGGAUAGCAGAGGAAGCAGCCCAUAGUCCAGCCUGUCCAGAAGAAGUAUGGGAGAGUGAUCAUACACAGCGGCACCCAGAAAACCAAAGCGAGAUUAAAACUUUGGAAAGAUGUCAACAAAGUUAUGCACUUGGAAAUAAUUUCAAUUUAUACAAAAGUCUUGUUUCUUUAACGGCAAGACACAUUAAGUUUGGCUCACAUUAUAAAAAUUUAAAGUCACGUUUAGGUUUUGUUAACCAGAAGAGAACAUAUGCAAGAAAGGAUUCUGAUGAGUUUAUUGGCUAUGGGAAACCAUCUCUCUACAUCCCGCAUGAUAAAACUUGUACUGAAAUUAAAUACUAUGGAUGUGUUAAACCCAGUAGCACUAAAUCACAGCUUAGCGACCAUCAAAAAACUUACCCAGGAGAGAAACCACAUGAAUGCAUUGAGUGUGGGAAAGUCUUCACCAGGAAGGCACAACUCAUUAGACAUCAGAAAACAGAAAGAGGAGAGAAACCUCAUGGAUGCAGUGAAUGUGGGAAAACAUUCAUGAGGAAGAUUCAGCUCAUUGAACAUCAGAGAACUCACACAGGAGAGAGACCUCAUGAAUGUAAGGAGUGUGGAAAAGCCUUUGCCAGAAAGUCACAGCUUAUGGUACAUCAGAGAACUCAUACAGGAGAGAAACCCUAUGUGUGCAGUGAAUGUGGGAAAGCCUUUAGCCGGAAGUGCCUGGUCAGUAGACAUCAGCGAUCUCAUACUGGAGAGAAACUCUAUGGAUGUAGUGUGUGUAGGAAAGCCUUUUCCCAGAAGGCAUACCUCAUCGCACACCAGAGACUUCACACAGGAGAGAAACCUUAUAAAUGCAGUGAAUGUGAAAGAACUUUUUUUUUUAAGUCAGACCUGACCAAGCACCAGAGAAUUCACACAGGAGAGAAACCUUAUGAAUGCAGUCAGUGUGAAAAAGCCUUCAGAAGCAAGUCAAAGCUCAUUCAGCACCAGCGAACUCACAGUGGAGAGAGACCAUAUGCAUGCACUGAAUGUGGCAAAGCCUUUGCCCACAUGUCAGUCCUCAUUAAACAUAAGAAGACUCAUACAAGAGAGAAAGCUGCAAAUUCACUGAUGGUGGAGAAAGCUUCCUCAGGGAGUCAUAGCUCUUUAUACAUGAGUGAACUCUUACAAGAGCAGAACUCUAUGAACACAGUGCCUGUGGAAAUGUCUUCAGCAACUCAGACCUUAUUAAGCAUUGGUGAACUUAUAGGGAAUAGAAAUGUGAUUGUGAAACAGCCUUUUCCAAGAAGUCAAGCUUUAGUAGAUAAUCAGGAAUUUGCACAGGGAACAAGCCUUGCAAAUGCAGUGAGUGUGACCACACCUUCAGUAAUAAAUUAUGUCUUUUGUGUUACAGACAUCGUGUAGGAAAAAGUCCUCUGGUACCAGAAAUGUGGAAAAGCCUCUAGCAAGAAUCCUGCACAUGUUCUGUGUCAGAGCUCACUUAGGACAGGAAUGAUACAGAUGUAGUGGUUGUGGAGGACACUUCUGUGAGAAGGUAGAUUUACCCAGUGUCAGUGAAAUCAUUUUGGGCAGAAAUGCAGUGAUUGUGGGGAAGCCUUUGCCUGGAGGUGAUAAUAACAAUUCAUCUCAGUGAAUUCUCACAGGUCCAAAACCGUAGGAAAGAAUGUGAUGGUUUUCAGUGAUAAAUUGUACCUCAUCACGUGUCAGAGAAUCAUAGAAAGAGAACUCCAGAGAUGUUGGAUGUGGAAAACAUUUUUAGUAAGACGCGGAAGAACUCAGGGGAAAAAAUCCUGAAAGCAAUAAAAGGUGGAAAUUCUAACACCAAAGUAACACAUAUAUCACAAUUUUAUACAUUAGGACUCUGGGAAAGGCUUCUCUAUUAAAUGAAGUCUCGGACAUAGGAAUUGCAUUAUGUAGUGAAAAAUCUAUGAAUAUAAUAAAAGUAGAAGUAUAACUAUAUUAGUUUCUUAUGACUGCUGUCACAAAUUACCACAAAUUUGGUGGCUAAGAACAAUACAGAUUGAUUAUCUUACAGUGCUGGAUGUCUACAGUCCAAAAUGCAUCUCACUAAGCUAAAAGCAAAGUAUUGGCAGGGUUGCAUUUCAUUUUGGAGACUAGGAACAAAAUAAUGUUUUUUGUUCCUCCAGCUCCUAAGAGCUGCCAAAUUCCUUGGCUUGUGACCACCUUCCAUCCUCAAAGCCAGCAAUGACUGGUCAAUUCUUUUAUGACUCUAAUACUGAUUCUUCUGCUUUCCUUUUCCUAGUUUAAGGACCCUUGUGAUCACAUUGGGUCCACCCAGGUAAUCCAGGAUAAUGUCCCCACUUUAUGAUCAGUUAAUUAGCAAAUCUGCUACCUUGAUUUUUCUUCACCUUACAACUUAACAUAUUCACCAGUUUUGGAGAUCAGGAUGUAGACCCUCUGGCUUCCAGUGAUUUGUGUCCAUCCCACACGCAAGAUAUAUCCACCCUUUCCCAACAUCUCCAAAUGUCUUAAUCCAUCACAGCACCAACUCACCAGAAUCUCAACCAAAUCUUAGCAGCUCAAAAGGGCCAAAUCUCAUCAUGUAAAUCAGUAUCCACAAAGGCUCCGGGCACAACCCAUGCUGAGGCAUAAUUUUCUGUGAACCUGUGAAAUUCAAGAAACAAUUGUAUGGUCCCAAAAUACGUUAUUUCAUGUCCUACUUCCAUUCUCCUUUGUUACUAAAUGCAGUAUAUUUGCCCUGACCAGUGUGCUUGGUUGGGUGUUGUCUGGCAGACUAGAAUGUUGUGGUUGGAUUCCUGGUUGGGGCACAUGCGUGGGUUGCGAACCAGGUCCUUGGCUGGGGGCGUGCAAAAGGCAGCCCAUCGAUGUUUGUCUCACACAUUGAAGUUUCCCUCUCUCCCUCCCUCCUUUUCCCUUUCUCUAAAAUAAAUAAUCUUUUAAAAAUAUUAAAAGUAAAUGUAACAUAUUUACAGGUUCUGGGAAUUAGGGCAUGCACAUCUUUGGGAGGUCAUUCUGCUUACCACAAAAAUAUUAGAUUUCAUAGAAUUCACACUGCAAUAAAUUCCUGCCCAGCCAUUAAAUUGGGAAAAACAUGUUCCCAGAGAAGCAAUUACCUGUAGUAAUUAUGAUCUAAAUACAUUAACAUAUUUCUAUAGUAUGAGGAUUUUACACUGUGAUUGUUAGAUAGGGUUACAUGGAAUGCUCUUGAAAUGUAUAAAUCAAAUUAUCAGUGCCAGAAAAGAACUCUUAAAUAUCCUAAAGGAACAUGAGAUUUAUGCUGCUGGGAAUGUUGCCAAACAUAUGAGGGAGGACCCAA